AAAUUAAAUGAACGCGCUCUGUCACAUUUAUUAAAAUCUGUGUUAGGAUUUGUUAAUUAAGGUGUAUGGUAUUCAUUUGUGUUUUUAUUUCCAUUAAUAUAUAUUUAACGUUUAGUUGAGAGUGUACUAAUAUCUAAGAAUGGCGAGACCAGAAUAUCAGGCUCCACCAGAAGUGUUUUAUAGUGAAUGUGAAGCAAGGAAAUACUCUCAAAAUUCUCGUAUGAUAGAUAUUCAGGUUCAGAUGUCUGAGCGGGCUGUUGAGUUACUCGCUUUGUCAGAUGAGCCUCAUUUCCUUUUGGAUCUUGGCUGUGGCUCUGGGCUUAGUGGAAGUGUAUUGGAAGAUCAAGGGCACACAUGGGUGGGAAUUGAUAUUUCUUCUGCAAUGUUGGAUGUUGCUCUAGAGCGGGAUGUAGAGGGUGACCUGUUGCUGGGAGACCUUGGACAGGGUCUACCUUUUCGAGCUGGUGCUUUUGAUGGCGCUGUGAGCAUCAGUGCCCUCCAGUGGUUAUGUAAUGCAGACAAAUCUAGUCAUCAUCCUGCCAAGCGCUUGUACACAUUUUUCAGUUCACUCUAUGCUUGCAUGAAUCGUACAGCAAGAGCUGUGUUCCAGUUCUAUCCGGAGAAUAGUGACCAAAUGGAACUUGUGACUUCACAGGCCAUGAGAGCUGGAUUCUUUGGAGGUGUUGUUGUUGACUAUCCCAACAGUACGAAAGCAAAAAAAUUUUUUUUGGUCCUUAUGUCUGGUGGAGCUGCACCACUUCCAAAACCAAUGGGAGAAAGUGAAGAGAAGGAAGGAAUUUCAUACACUAGCAAAAGAGAACAACUCAAAAAGAUGAGGGGUAAGCCACUGAAGAAGAGCAGAGAAUGGAUUCUUGAGAAGAAGGAACGUCGUCGUCGGCAAGGCAAACCAACCAGACAUGAUACAAAGUAUUCUGGUCGCAAGAGAAGUGGGCGAUUCUGAUUCUCAGUGUCAAAUCAUUUUUGUUAUGUUUUUGUAAUGUAUUAUUAAAACAUAUUUUAUAUUGCCUA